GUACGAAGUUUCCCGAUUACUGACGAAUGUUAGCGAUCAGAUCUGAGGACUAGGGAGUCUGUGUGCUAAGUUUAAGUUCCCACGUAGAACAUUGCGUGUUGUAUUAAAUGGCUAAGUGGGGUGAGGGUGACACUCGUUGGAUUGUUGAGCAACGAGCAGAUGCAACAAAUGUUAAUAACUGGCACUGGACAGAAAAGAAUGCCCGCCAGUGGUCAAUCAACAAACUCCAAGAGUUGCUGACAGGUUUGAAGAUUGAAAAUGCACUUGCUGUGUGCAGUAUUACAGAAGUAGAUAGAUGUGAAGGAGAUGCAGUUGCAAAUAACAGAAAGGGGAAGUUGUUAUUUUUCUAUGAAUGGGAAUUAAUAUUGAAAUGGGAAGGUCAUCUUCGUGAUGCUGAUCAUGUAAAAAUAGAAGGCACAGCAAUUAUUUCAAAUUUCAAUGAAGAACAAGAAGCUUCAGAAAUCAAUGUUGACUUGACUGUUAGCACACCCAGUCCUGAAGCUGAUAGAUUGAAAGACAUUAUCAUGAAAGAUGCAAGAGAACUUAUUAGACUUAAGUUAGCAAAUUAUGUAAAAACAUUAAAAGAGGAUUUCAGCAAAGGCAUGAUUUUGGCAAGGAAGAGUGAAGGAAUGAGUGAAACUAAGACAACAAAGACUGGUGACACUGAAAGGUUAUCUCAAGUACUUUUUGAGAAAGUUCCAGUAUCAAAAAGUGAACAAGAAGUCAAGCAAUUAAAAACUGUCAAAACUGGAACCCUAACUAUGACAAUUAAACUUCAAUGCACUAAGGAAGAAUUUUAUUGUGCUCUUACAAAUAAAGAGAUGGUGGAAGCUUUCACUAAAAGUGGUGUUAAAAUGGAUGUAGAACCUGGUGGGACGUUUGAGUUACUCAGAGGAAAUAUAAGUGGACAAUUCUUGGAGCUGGUACCCAACUCAAAGAUUUAUCAGACAUGGAGAAUCAGCAAUUGGCCUGAUGGUCAUUUCUCAACUGUUCUAAUUGAAAUAGAACAACUUUUGGAUGGCAUAGAAGUAAAACUGACUCAAGAAAGUAUUCCUGAAAGUCACUUGGAUACUAUGAAGGACAACUGGAAUCGCUACUACUGGGAUGCUAUGAGAGGAACUUUUGGGUUUGGUGCAUUCCUUGCAUGAAUAUGGUGAAUUAUGGUAAACAACUGUGGUGAAGAAAUGCUAUCUUACAAUACUGUGACCAUAUUUGACACUUGCGAUUAUUAAUACAAUUUUACUCUACUGUGAUUUUGUAUGUAACUGUGAUACACUAUUCUUUUGUCAUUUUAGCUUAUGAGUAAGGUUAAGUAUUAUUGCAUUUCCUAUUAAUUGGUCUUUUAUCGUAACUUAAUUUUGAUAAACAGUAUA